AUGUGGAGUCUCAGGGCCCUGCUUCUGCUGCUGGUUGCCAGCCUGGCGGUGAAUGCCAGCCCUGUGCCGACACCACCAGACAACAUCCAAGCACAGGAGAACUUCAACCUCUUGAGGUUCUACGGGAAAUGGUUCCACGUGGCCAUGGGCUCUACCUGCCCGUGGCUGAAGAGGCUCAAGGACAGGCUGACCAUAAGCACACUGGUGCUGGGAGAGGGAGUGACGGAGCAGGAGAUCAGCAUGACCGGCACUCACUGGCGGAAAGGCGUCUGUGAGGAGAUCUCUGGGGCCUAUGAGAAAACAGGCACGGAUGGGAAGUUCCUCUAUCACAAAUCUAAAUGGAACGUCAGCAUGGAGUCCUAUGUGGUCCACACAAACUAUGAUGAGUAUGCCAUUUUGCUGACCAAGAAAUUCAGCCGCCGUCAUGGACCCACCAUUACUGCCAAGCUCUAUGGGCGGGAGCCACAGCUCCGGGAAAGCCUGCUGGAGGAGUUCCGGGAGGUGGCCCUGGGGGUGGGCAUCCCGGCGGACUCCAUCUUCACAAUGGCCGACAGAGGUGAGUGUGUCCCUGGGGAGCAGGAACCAGCACCCCCUCCCCCCUUGAGGGCCCGGCGGGCUGUGCUGCCCCAGGAAGAGGAAGGAUCAGGGACCGGGCAGCUAGUAACUGAUUUCAGCAAAAAAGAAGACUCCUGCCAGCUGGGCCAUGCAGAAGGUCCUUGCCUGGGGAUGGUCAAGAGGUAUUUCUAUAAUGGUUCAUCCAUGGCCUGUGAGACCUUCCAGUAUGGCGGCUGCCUGGGCAACGGCAACAACUUCGUCUCAGAGAAGGAGUGUCUGCAGACCUGCCGAACUGUGGCGGCCUGCAGUCUCCCCAUAGUCCAUGGCCCCUGCAGAGGCUCCAUCCAGCUCUGGGCCUUUGAUGCUGCCCAAGGGACGUGCAUCCACUUCAUCUAUGGGGGCUGCCAAGGCAACGGCAACAAAUUCUACUCAGAGAAGGAGUGCAAGGAGUACUGCGGUGUCCCUGCGAAUGGGGACGAGGAGCUGUUGCACUUCUCCAACUGACCAGUCGGCAGGCUGCCUGGCCCCACAUCACAGGUGGCAGAGGGUACAGACCAGCCUCUGUCCCAGUGUUCCUCAGCUGGGUGGGCCAAGUGGGCUGGCUUCAAAUAAAAACCGAAUUGUAGAUUCCUGAAA